GUCUGGCCUCUUAGCAGGCGCCGAGUCAAGUAGAGGAACUCGGACCGGGAUUGGCAGUGUUUGCCGGCAACUCCUGACGGACUGCUAAUUCGCCACCGCCUACGCCGCCUGCCUCGUCUCGCCGACCCACAGGCUGCCCAGUAAUUAGAUAAUUGAGCCGUACCUCGCGGACGCACCACAAUGAUCGACUGGCUCACACUGGCGGGCGGCCUGCUGGCGGCUUCGCUGCUUUACCUGGCCACGCGGAGUUGGCUACACGGCAGGAGCAUGCCACGUGGCACACGUCUACCACCAGGUCCCCCCGGUCGACCACUCGUGGGUCACGUGCAGUUCACGCACAAGGACUUCCACUGCAACCAGGCGAUGAAGUGGGCCAAGCAGUAUGGACCCGUGUACAGAAUAAGGACCGGUUCGGCAGACAUGGUCAUACUGAACGACUUCCCGUCAAUAAAAAAGUUUCUCACGAAAGAAAGAGGUCCUGUACCGUCCCCAGAACUGGCUUUUCAGGGGAGAAGUAUAUGGAGGUGUGGCGACGCUCAAUGGCGAUACUUGGGUGGACAACAGAAGGUUUUGCUUACACGUCUUGCGGGAUCUGGGGUUCGGCAAGACCUCCAUGGAGGAACACGUCAAGGAAGAGUGUCAGUGCCUGGUGGAGAAGAUCGCCGAAGCCAAGGGAGCGCCCCUCGCAAUCCAGGAGUACAUCUUCCCGAGCACCUCGAACAACAUCGCAGCGCUGGUGUACGGUAGCCGGUACCCGUUUGAACACCCACGCCGCCGGUACCUGGACGAGCUGCUCAGCGAGCUGUUCAAGGCGAUUCGCGCUGGCACCCUGGUCGAAUUUUUGCCGCCAUUUGUGCGCAACGUUCUCACCUGGCUGCCUUCAACGCGGCGCACCGUCAUCAAGUCCAAGCUCUUGGAAUUCAUCGAAUACACACAAGGACAAGUCGAAGAUCACAAGGCCACAAUCGACGAGCAUUUCAACCGCGACUUCAUCGACGGCUACCUCAAGAAGAUCAAAGAACAUGAAAAGGAGCAGAACCCGAACUUUCAACAGCGGUUUCUCCUUGGCAACGUGCUCAGCUUCUUCAUCGCCGGCUCGAACACGGUGGCCGUGACCAUCCACUGGCACAUGCUCAACUUCGCCAACAAUCCGGACACGGUGCAAGCGAGGGUGCAGCGAGAAAUCGACGAAGUGGUGGGCAAAGAGAGGCAGCCCACGUGGGAGGACAGGAACAAGAUGCCUUACACGAUGGCCUGCAUCUGGGAGAUGUACCGCUGGAAGACCGUGUCGCCUCUCGGUGUUCCUAGAGGUGCCGGCGAGGACACCGUGUUCGACGAGUACUUUAUUCCCAAAGGAACCACCGUGAUUCCUAAUGUGUGGGCCGUGCACAACGACCCGACGCUGUGGAAAGAACCGUCCAAGUUCGACCCGACACGCUUCUUCAGGGAAGACGGCUCCCUCAUUCAGCCGAAACCCGAGCACCUGAUUCCCUUCUCUAUCGGGAAACGCAUGUGUCCCGGCGAGAUCCUGGCCUCCGUCGAGAUCUUCCUGUACAUCACGUGUCUUCUCCAGAAGUACCGUAUCCUGCCCGAAGAAGGGAAGAUCCACGAUCUCGACUCCAUCGACAUUCCACUGGUAGAACUAAACCGCUACAAGUUGACGUUUACGCCGCGGUAGACGCGCAAGCAAAAUACGUUGCCCAGCGCACAAUUUACGCUA